CCACCACUCCCGUCUGAGCAACGAGGACGAAGUGGUGUUUGUGGACGUCCCGCGGAGCAUCACACUCCUACGUCCGCCAAUCUUACUCGGGCAGCAUCCUUCUCUCGUAUGAUUCCGUCUACUCUACACGUAUUGAAUGAAACUUGUACGGAAGAGUCUCAGUCAUAUAACAGCCGUGACUUCAUCGACUGAGUCAAGUUCGAUCAUCACUCAAUAAGCACGCCAUUCAGCAUUCACAGUCUACCAAGACCGAAUUCGAUCUUCUUCAUUUACAGCUUUGUGCUUCUAGCCCGCCCUUGGAUCACAACUUGCCCAAAAUGGUCGCCGACAUCAACCUGCUCCCGCCUUACACUCCGCCUCCGCCAACCCAGGAGGACUUGGACUACGUUGAUCUCGUCAACAUUGACCUCUCAAAGUUCGACGAUCCCGAAGGCCGGAAACAACUCGCCAAGGACCUCUUCGAGGCUGCCACGGGUUACGGAUUCCUUACCUUGACCAACCAUGGCAUCUCGGACGAGACGUACGAGCGCCAGAUGCGCAUCGCCAACGCUGCCAUGACUCUGAAGCCCGACGAAAAGGCUCCCUACGAAGUAACCCCGGAAGAGGACGCCCGCGGUCUUUAUGCUGGGUACAAACCCGCCGGACCCCUUGGACACAAGGGCGGCUUCCCCAAGGCCCUGGACCAUUACAACAUGCUGGUCCACGACCCCAAGAGCCGGCCCCACCCCGAAAUCAUACGUCCCUUCAUGGAGGAAACACAUGAAGUCAUGAGCUACAUCCGUACCAACAUCCUCGUCAAGCUGCUGAAGCUUGUCGCCAUGAUUCUCGAGGUGCCACCGGAGUCCGUUCUGUCCACACACGCCCCCGGCGGCUCCAAGACGGAGUAUCUCAGAUAUAUGAUGUGCGAGCCCCGGUCAAAGGAGGAGAGCGAGAAGUAUCGUGACAUCUUCCUCGCCGGCCACACUGACUGGGGCACCUGGACCUUCCUCUUCUCCCAACCUAUUGCAGCCCUCCAAGUCCUGUGCCAUCACACCGGCCGGUACAGACACGUCAAGCAUCAGCCGCACGGCAUUGUUGUCAACUUUGGCGAGGCGCUCGAGCGUCUCACCGGCGGUCUUUUCAAGGCAACCAUUCACAGAGUGAUCCAGCCGCCUGAAGACCAGCGUCACCUCCGCCGCAUCGGCGUCAUCUACUUCUCCCGCCCCGCCGACGAUCGCGAGCUCGUCCCCAUCGAGAACUCUCCCCUCCUCCAGCGCAUGGGCACCGACAAGCCCAUCGACGAGCGCAUCUUCUGCAUGGCCGACUACCUGGACGCGAGGAAGCACGGGUGGAAGCGCUACGACUUCGACAUCGACCGACCCCGCGAGGAAGGCAAGCACCAGGACCCCUUUGACGGCGAGUACACCGACCCAGACGGCCACAAGAGCCUGGGCAAGUUCGACAACGUGCCGCGUCUUCAGUACAGCCUUCCCACUGUCAAGACUGGUACUGCAUGAGGGUAUCAGUAGAAGUUGUAGAAUUCGCCGGUGGCGAGGGUAUUGUUCUAGAUAUUCGGGAUUGGCGCAUUGGAUUUCAAGAAAUGUUCUGUUUUGCACUUUUGUUCGG